AGAAGCAGAAGAAGAAGAAGAAGAAGAAGAAGAAGAAGAAGAAGAAGAAGAAGAAGAAGAAGAAGAAGAUGACGACGUAGUCAUCGUCUGGGAAGGUCCGUGUCGGGAAAUGGCCAUGGAGACCGAUGAUGAUGAUGAUGAUGAUGACGUCGUCAUAAUUGAUGAUGUCUUGAAUGGAGGGGAGCAAAUGGAUGAUGAUAACGAUAGUGGCUAUAGCGAUGGAGUCGUUACUCCAGCGAUACUGGUUCAAGAGGAACCUCACCAUCAUCAUCAGCAGCCCCAGCACUAUCAGCAGCCUCAGCACCAUCAGCAGCCCCAGCACUAUCAGCAGCCCCAGCACUAUCAGCAGCCCCAGCACUAUCUGCAGCCCCAGCACCAUCAACAGGACCAGCACCAUCAACAGCACCAUCAUCAUCAUCAGCAGCCCCAGCACUAUCAGCAGCCCCAACACCAUCAGCAGCCCCAGCACUAUCAACAGCACCAUUAUCAGCAGCCCCAGCACUAUCAGCAGCCCCAGCACCAUCAGCAGCCCCAGCAGGAGGCAGAGAAUCUUGUUUUCUACCCACGAGCUCUAGGAUAUUCAGGAUAUAGCGAGCUGAGAGCUGGAGUUAACUUCCCAGAAGCCUGGGCUCAGCAAACUUCUAGAGCUCGGUUGGAUGAGCUCAUCACGCAGAGGAUCGAGGAUGGGUAUAUGGGAAGGCCAGCCAGACCCAUCGAUCUGGAUCCACAAGGAUGGCUGCUCAUCCUCAACGGUGCCUACAUGAUGCUGCCUCGAGAGAGCUGGGUGCUCCUGACGGGGAUUAGCCCUGAGGGUGAGAAUGGAGUUGGUGCCAUCGAUGUGCCAAUAAUACGAUGGCAGCAUGAGGCGUAGCUGUGUCUCCGAGUCACUUGCCAGCGUAACUAGCUUACGCUGACCAAGAAGAAGCCGGAUAGGGGGGGUAAAUAAUAUCUUUUAUGU